AUGACUUUAAUCCUUGGAUCACCUGAAUACGUGAUGUUUCCAACUUUUUGUCCUUCAACAUUCCCACACGACAAUUUAAUAUGGAUUCUGUGCCUUCAUGAAAUCCAACUUGUAACGUUCCCGAAGUUCCGGAAGUGUUUAAUGGAUCCUCAAAAAAUGGACCGAAAUGUCGAUCAUGAUGAUAUUUUGAUUGAUAUUGUUUAUGUCCUAUUCGGUGGCGUGAGAAAUCAGAAAUUCUUGUUACAUCUUUGA